AUGGCGACUACCGAGGAAUCUCAUGGAGAGGAGUAUGAUUCAACCAGUGAGAGCAUGGAUGAUACCAACGUUGACGAUCCCCAGUUUGAGCCCAUCGUCUCUCUGCCUGAGCAGGAGAUUAAGACCCUGGAGGAAGAUGAAGAAGAGCUCUUUAAGAUGCGAGUGAAGCUGUUCCGAUUUGCAUCUGAGAAUGACCUUCCAGAGUGGAAAGAGCGAGGGACAGGUGAUGUGAAGCUGCUGAGACACAAGGAGAAAGGGACAAUUCGCCUCCUCAUGAGACAGGACAAGACUCUGAAGAUCUGUGCGAAUCACUAUAUAACCCCACUGAUGGAGCUGAAGCCCAAUGCAGGCAGUGACAGGGCUUGGGUUUGGAACACACAUGCUGACUUUGCCGAUGAAAGUCCAAAGCCAGAGCUGUUGGCCAUCCGAUUCCUGAAUGCAGAAAAUGCUCAGAAGUUUAAGGCAAAAUUCGAAGAAUGCAAGAAGGAGCUAAAGAAACCAAAAAAGAAAGAAGAGUCGAAAAUAGUGCUGAAAGUGGAGUCGAGAGUAGAGGCGAGAGUGGAGUCGAAAGUGGAGUCGAAAGUGGAGCUGAAAGUAGAACCGGAAGAAGAACCGGAAGAAGAAGAACCGAAGGAAGAACCGGUAGAGGAACCAAUAGAAGAGAAAGCAGGAAUAGUCAAAGAGAGAAGUUGUGACCAAAUGGCUAAGAAGUUAGAGGAACUCUCAGUGAAGGAUGGUGACUCGGAGUCUGUGCCAGAGAUCCGGGUGAAGAAGGAGGUGCUUGAGGCCCAGGAGGCCCAAGAGGAGGACCAAGAGGAACAGACAUCUGAGACCCAAGAGACCGAGGAGGCCCAAGAGCCUAAGUCCCAGGAGUCUGAGAUCUUGGAGGCCCAGAAUUAG